AACUAGAAUAUUGCAAAUGUUUCAGGCCUUCCUCUUGGACAACUACCCGUUCUGGAAAUCGAUGGAAAAAUGUACCCACAAACCACGGCGAUUCUGAAGUAUCUGGCUCAACUGGUCAGGCUUGAUGGUGACAAUCCAUUAGAUAACCUCAAAAUCAAUGUCGCUGUCGAUACUCUCGUAGACCUACAAAACAUUGAAUUGGGCUGAUGUCUAUAUGGCAACCGAAUAUGAAGGCUACAUGAAUUUCUUCGACAGAGACGUUCUUACGGACUAUCCGAACUUGCAGAGAGUGAUCAGGUCUGUCUUAACAGAACCCCGGGUACAACAAUGGAUUAGAAAACGUCCAAGGAUUGCAAGUUUUACUUACGACUUGAGAAAUCAUCUGUAAACUUUUGAUUACAUGAAAUUUUCGAAAGUGAAA